AUUUAUGUAUUAUAAUAUGGUAACCGCCAUAGCUUUAGCUGUCACUCCUACCACGUCACAUAAUUAUCGAUUUAUUGUUGGGGGUGAGAACAUUUAAGAUACAGUCUUUUGGCAAUUUUGAAGUAUAUAAUAUGGUAUUGUUAGCUAAAAUAAUUAUUUAACUUCUUUCUGAAAAAGAGUAAGGGAAGAUGAAAGUGCUUUUUGCAUUUUACUAGGAAUCUAGACAAAGGGAGAAGAGGAGAAGAAUUCACUAAUGAGAAGUCAAUAAUUGUCUCUGAUGUGCACAAAGAAUUGUGCAAACACUGCAGCAGAAAGAAUGGCUAUGCCUAAUGACACCCAGUUCCGUCCUUCUUCGUUCCUCCUCCUGGGUAUCCCAGGGCUAGAAGAUGUGCACGUCUGGAUUGGAUUUCCCUUUUUCUUUGUGUAUCUUGUUGCACUCUUGGGGAACGCUGCUGUCCUGUUUGUGAUCCAGACUGAGCACAGUCUCCAUGAGCCCAUGUACUACUUCCUGGCCAUGUUGGACUCCAUCGACCUGGGCUUGUCCACAGCCACCAUCCCCAAAAUGCUGGGCAUCUUCUGGUUCAGCCUCAGGGAUAUAUCUUUUGAAAGCUGCCUUUCCCAGAUGUUCUUCAUCCACUUCUUCACUGCCAUGGAGAGCAUUGUGUUGGUGGCCAUGGCCUUUGACCGCUAUGUUGCCAUUUGUAAACCCCUUCGGUACACCAUGAUCCUCACCAGCAAAAUCAUCAGCCUCAUUGCAGGCAUGGCUAUUCUGAGGAGCCUGUGCAUGGUGGCUCCUCUGGUAUUUCUCCUCCUGAGGCUGCCCUUCUGUGGGCACUAUAUCAUCCCUCAUACCUACUGUGAACACAUGGGCAUUGCUCGCCUGGCCUGUGCCAGCAUCAAAGUCAACAUAAUAUUUGGUCUUGGGGAUAUGUCUAUUUUAUUAUUGGAUGUGUUCCUUAUAAUUCUCUCCUAUGUCAGGAUCCUCUAUGCUGUCUUCUGCCUGCCUUCCUGGGAGACCCGGUUCAAAGCUCUCAACACCUGUGGCUCUCACAUUGGUGUUAUCUUAGCCUUUUUCACACCAGCAUUUUUCUCUUUCUUGACACACCGUUUUGGCCACAACAUCCCCCAAUAUAUCCACAUCCUCUUAGCCAACCUAUAUGUGGUUGUUCCGCCAGCUCUCAAUCCUGUAAUCUAUGGGGUCAGGACCAAGCAGAUUAAGGAGCAGGUUUUGAGGAUCUUUUUGAAAGACAGUUAACCAUUGGUAGUCUUAGAAUUACAGUUCAUAUUUGUUCCCUUUGCUCAUUAAAAGGGGGUUAUUGUCUAAAAAGAAGAGACGUAGCAAAGGUGAAUAUGAACAGUAAUAACAUUUCUUUCUCUAUAAUCCUUUGAGUUUAAAGAUAAUAAAUUUAUUGGUGAUAAUCUUACAAUUUGUAAUUAUUACAUCUCUUACAAAGUGCUUAUAUUUAUACUAUUUGAUAAUCAAGGUAGUUCUAUAAAGUAGUUGCCAUAUUCACAAAUUUUCAAAUGAAAGUUUGAUGCUUAGGAUCGCUAAAAGAUUCAUCUGAAAAUUCAACUAUUUGUGAGAAGUAGAUUAUUAACUCAGGUAGUUUUAGAAUCACCAGAAGAAAUAUGAAGGCAACAGAGUGGAAUUUGUUCAGGGAUUUUAGAUAAUUUUGGUGACAGAAUUCUUGAAAUAAUAACAAUGACAUUAUUUAACUCAUUAGGAUAUACUGUUCUAAAUAAUCUACUUACAUUAACACACCUAUUUCUUGUGUGAAUUCUAUGAUGUGGCUACUGUUAAUAUUUGCAUUUUCAUAUAAGUAAACUAUGGAUUAAAAAACUCUCCAUAAAAAAUUAUGAUUGAGAUUUUGGCUCCAGAUAUCUAGAGAAAUGGUAGCCAUGCAUUUAGAAAUGAAAUAAAGGGAGCAGGGAUAAUGGUUCAUAACAAUGAAAGAUAUAUUUAUUAAAUGAAUAUUCAUUAACUUCUACGUGUGCUCAGUUAUAUGUCACUGUUUGGUGAUAGACAAAUGGAAAGACAGAAUCCUAUGUCCUGAGAAAACAAUGAUGGGAGUUAGGCUAUUAAGGCAAAAAACAUUAUGCUCUAAGAUUACAUAUUAAUUUAUAUUUGGAAGGCUAUUUUUAGAAACUUUGUAAUAGUAUUCAAUAAAUAUCCCAAAUGCUGGGCCAAUAUAUUAAAGUUAGCCACACAAAACUAGAAAUGUAUUUGACCUUUUUUGAAUUUCUAAAAUAAUGACAUGGAAAAUUAUUGACCUAGUCAAAAAAAACCUAGUUUUUUUGUUUGUUUGUUUUGUUUUGAUUUUUAAGAAGAGGUUAUUUGAAACUACAUUCAAGAGAGUCUGCCAGAGUUGUGUUCUCUUUUACUUCAUUUAAGACCUCUGAUUCUUCCUCAGUUUAUGAGCAUGGAAAUUCUACUGCAUGACCAGAAAGUGUCAUAGAGAAAUAAAAAAAAUUUAGAUACGGCCUUCUAAAUCUUGUAGUUAAUUCUAUGGGGCACCUGGGUGGCUCAGUCGGUUGAGCCUCUGACUUCGGCCCAGGUCAUGAUCUCGCGGUCCGUGAGUUCGAGCCCUGCGUCGGGCUCUGUGCUGAGAGCUCAGAGCCUGGAGAGUGUUUCAGAUUCUGUGUCUCCCUGUCUCUAUGAUCCUCCCCUCGUUCAUGCUCUGUCUCUUUCUGUCUCAAAAAUAAAUAAACGUUAAAAAAAUAUUUUAAAUCUUGUAGUUAAUUCUAGCAAAAAUACUGUAAAUAGGACAGCAUAGAUACUCAAAUAUAAUAUUUGUUAGCAAUAUUCAUAUACUACAGUUAAAUGUUUUGUAUUUAGAAAAUCUAAGGGGCUAAGAGAGCACACCAGGGCAAUUGAAUAAGGAGACAUCAGACAAACUAAUUGUCAAGCUGAUCAGUAUAUUCAAAGCCUCUGACUCUAAAUAAGGUAACAAAGCUUUAGUCAUCCAAAUUCAUAAUAGAGGAGCUUAUCUGUUGGUACUUUAACAAACAAAAAUAAUAUUACAUUCAGACAUAAUUAAAUGUAAAAAUUAGUAACAUUAUUUACAGCAACUUGGACCUUUGGAUGAAAUAAUCCCAGUAAGAAAAAAAAAUGUUCCUGAAGAUUUUUGAGGAAGAAUAUAUCACUUGCAAAUAUGGGUUUUAGUAACACAAGAUAAAAAUUAAAAAUAUCUGCUUGGCCCAUCUAAGUUAGACAUUAAUGGUGUUUGGUGAUAUUUCCAGCUUUCCCAUGAACUGUGAGAUCCUGACCUGAGCCAGAGUCAAGAGUCAGACGAUUAACUGACUGAGCCAUCCAGCCUCCCCUAUUAAGGUUUUAUUUUAAUUUCAGUAUAGCUACAGUGUUAUAUUAGUUUCAGGUGUACAAUGUAUUGAUACAACACUUCCAUACCUCACCCUGUGCUCAUCACAAGUGUACUCUUUAAUCCCCAUCACAUAUUUUACAACUCACAUCCAGCAUAAAAUGUCUAAAUCAAGGGGGUAUUUGGUACCUCAUUAUUUUAAGGGAUAAAGAAUAUGAAACUAGGGGAGCCUGGGUGGUUCAGUCCGUUAAGUGUCCAACUUCAGCUCAGGUCAUGAUCUCACAGUUCACGAGUUUGAGCCCUGCUUCGGGCUCUGCACUGAUGGUGCAGAGUCUGCUUGGGAUUUUCUCUCUCUCUGCCCCUC